AUGGCAAAUUGGAGAGGAGUUAAGUCUUUGAAUAAAUCUGCCCUCCCAGGGGUGGCUAUUACACAAUUUGUAGAAGAUAUUCCUAAAGGGUACAGCCUGCCUGACUUUGAGCGGAAACCAAUCACUGUAACAUUACAGGAAGGUAAAAAUGCCAUUUUCAGAGCUGUGGUCAAAGGUGAACCAAAACCAAAGGUUUUGUGGAAGUGCAGUAAUAGGGAAAUGGAUGAUUGUCAGAAAUACCAAAUAUCUUUUAAUCCUGCCACAAAUGAAUUUAUCUUGCAGAUAAACAAAAUUACCUCAGAUGAUGCUGAUUUGUACCGUUGUAUUGCUGUGAAUGAAUAUGGGGAAGCGUCCUGUACUGCUGGUCUCAAAAUUAUAGAGGACUUCAAAAAGAAAACUUUGCUUCCUGUAACACAACAGGCAGAUCUUAAGAAAGAGAUUCAGGACUUCAGAAAAACAUUAAAGAAACGAACACCUUCUGCUGUUCCUAAGAAAAAAAUGGACAUGGAACAGAUUGCACAAAUAUUGCUAAAUGCAGAGAAGAAAGAUUAUGAGAAGAUUUGCAUAAAGUAUGGAGUUGUUGAUUUCCGUGGGAUGCUGAGAAAACUUCAGGAAAUGAAGAAGGCAAGAGAGGAUAAGCAGGCUCAAUAUGUGUACAGUAUUGCAAAUCUGAAGCAUCUGAAAGUCAAUAAAGAGCAAAGAAAUGCUUCAUUUGAUCUAGAGAUGGAACUGAAAAACCCAGACAGCAGAAUUUGUCUCUACAAAGAUGGCCAGAAGGUCAAUUUUGGAGUUAAUGAUGACAACUUAAAGCACCGCCUACAGCAAGAGGGCAAAAACUAUAAUUUUACGAUCAAUGAUCUGCAGCCAGACGAUGCUGGCGUUUAUCAGGUCAAAGUAGAAGAUGUAGAUAUCUUCUCCACUGAACUGGAAGCAGAAAGCAUUAAAAAUAUCCAAUCCUCUGACAAAGAGACUUACACCAUUGACACUGGAAGCUGUUCUUCAAGUACUUGGCUUGAAAUAAAAUCUUCUAAAGAAAAGAGAAAGCAAUCUGAAGAGGACAGUAGUGAUAAAGCUGGACAAUGGAGCAAACCAUUAGAUGAAGAGCAUGCUAAGAAACGUCACCAAGGAGAAAGGCAGAAAGAUCAAGAUCUCCUUGCAGACUUCAACAUGGGCAAAGAUGCCCAGUAUGGGAAUGGCCAAGAUAGCAAUAUGCAGCUUUAUAACAGCCUGGAAAAAGAUGGAUCUUUGAGAAGUGAUGGGAAGAUAGGAUUUGGUCAGAAUGUAGUGCUAGAUGGAAACAUCAGAAGAAUAGGUAGUUUGACUGACAAGACCUCCCAAUAUGGGAAAAAUGCAAUGUUAGCUUUCAACACUGGACAUGAAGGUACAAAUGGAUGGCAACGUUCAGAAGGACAAGUUUCCACACUUAAUGGAACAGAUCUUUCAGACAGAUUUAAUAGAGGAUCAGUCUUGGGAUUCCAAGAUUCCAUAUUAGGCACUGCAGAGAUCAAUAGAAAUCAAUAUAUUGUUGGAUACAAUGGUAGCUCUGGAGUUGGAUUUGACAUAGCAGGAAAGAUAGAAGGACUUAAUGGCAAGGAAGUUAUAUUGGGUGAUUCUGAUCAAUCAAGAGUGACUUUUGAUAGAAAUGGAAGUCUCUGUCCUAAAGAUGGUGGGUUAAGUGGUGCAGAUAUACUUUAUUUCAAAGAUAAUAAGCUCUCAGAAGUUGGAGACAGAAGUAGACUUUAUAGAGAUGUUUACAUAACAGCUGAAUCUGAUGUAAUAGAAGGUGAUAUAGGAGUUGCAGGGAAAUUUUAUGACAAAGAUAAUCAUUUAGAGAAAGCCAAAGGUCUUAGACUUGAUGGCACGAAAAGUAUCUGUGGCAAUAUGGCAGGUAAAAUUGGAGAUGGUAGGAUAAUGAAUGAGAUUUAUGUCAAUGAUGUAGUGCUAGCUGAAUCUGAAGUGGUGCGUAGAUUUCCGAGUGCUGGAGGGAUAGUAGUACACUGUGGGACAAAAGGAAUGUCACCUGAAUCAGGCACUGAUAGACAUAAUGAUGCUGAAAGUCUAAGAGUGCUGCAUAGCAAGGAUAAUACGAUAGUUGAUGCUGGUGCUUGCAUAAGUGGCAAGAAGGAUGUACUAAAAGGAGCUGUUAGACCUGACGGUACUGUGAACAUAGAUGGAUAUUAUAAUAUGGAUGUUGUGCUACAAGGAAUGAGUGCUUGCAAUCUUGCUAAUAACAUAGAUGGAUUCUAUAAUAAGAAUGACAUAUUAAGAGGCACAGAUGCUAUUGGACAAAAUAGGGCCACGAGCAUAAGCAGUCUUUAUUGUAAACAUUCUACACUUGAUGGAGCCGUUGUUGGGGGACCUUAUACUAUUAGAAACAUCAAUGAACACCAUGGCAAAGAAGUUGAAAUAAAUGGAGCUGAUGGUGGGGGCAUCGGUGGACUUUAUGAUUGGAAACUAGGAAACUAUGGCAAGCUAGGGAGAACAGAGACUACGAGUGGACACUGUGGCAAGGAUGGCAUGCUAGGUGAAACAGACACUAAUAUAGCUGAUAAUAUUGGUGGAAUAGAUACACUGUAUAGUAAAGAUGUCCUGCUAGAUGAAAUUGGAGCUAGUGAAUAUGGUAAUACAGUGAAUAUCACUGGACUCAAUGACAAGAAUGGCAUACCAAAUAAAGCAAGCAGUUGUGGAGCUGAUAGUUCUAGUGGGCAUGAUAUGCUAUAUGGCAAGGACACUGGUAGAUUCUAUAGAAAGGAUAUUAUACAAAAUGAAGCAGAUACUACCGGACUGUCUGUCCAGAGUGUGAUGCCAUGUGGAUUUUAUUCAGAUGGUGGUGAUAUUAGAAAAAUAGACGGGCUCUAUGUGAAAGGUGAUAUAUUGGGGAAAGUAGGUGCUAGUGGAGGAAUCUUUGACAAGAAUAGUAUGAUAAUUGGUACUGUUGAUGAUGAACUUAGUAAUGGUGAAAGAUUAGUUAGCAAAGCAAAUGUUAUUGGAGAAACAGCUAGAAUUUAUGAUAAGAAUGGAAUGUCAGAUGGAUUUGUUAGUCUUAGAGGAGUUUCUAGGCUCUAUGAUAAAGAUGGCAUACUAAGUGGAAUUGGUGCUAAUGGACCCAUUGGAAGUGAAAGCACUGCUGUAUUUUAUAGCAAGAACAGCAUGCCAAAGGAUACAAGUACUGGCGGAUUUAGAAUGGGUGAUACAUCAGAUGGAGGCUGUGCUGGGAAUAAACUCAAUGGCAAGGGUGAUAUACCAAGUGUCACAGGCAGGAGAGAAAUUGAUUCUAAAGACAUGGAUGAAUCUUAUGAUAAGAAUAGCAUACCAAAUAGAACAUACACUAUUGGAUAUCAUGGCUCAAUAGUACAUAGUCUAUAUGACAACGAUGGUAUUGAGAGCAUACCAUUAAGUGCAGGCACUAAUAAACCUGGUGGCAUUGGUAAUGUAGAUGGAAAUUAUGGCAAAGACAAAAUGCCAAAUGUAGUAGACAUUUAUGGACUUGGAGAUGUUGGCAGAGUAGGUGGACAUAAUAUUUUAUGUAGAGCAGGCCCUACUGGAUAUGUCAUUAUUGGUAGAAUUUAUGACAAAGACAGUGUAUUUAAUCAAUUUGGAGCUGGGAAUAUUGAUGGUGCAAGUGAAUCUAUUUGCACGGCAGGUGGAAAAGGCACUGGAUUCUGUGAAAGAAACGAUAUAUCAAAAAGAGAGGUCUUAGAUAAACUUGAUGGUGCUAGUAAUGUAAGUGGACUUUAUGAAAAAAAUGGUUACCUCAUUGGAAAUGGUGUAGCUGGAGAAUUAGAUGGGCCUUAUGGCAAAAAUGGAGUGCCAGGUAGUAGAAGUAUUAGUGGUAUCAUGGGAGUAAGUGGGCAAUAUGGGAAGGAUGGUGGAUUAACUAGAACAAUUGCCAGUGAGGUAGGAUUUAAUAAUGAAAGAAACUUCAAUUAUCACUACCAUGAAGAUGUCGUACACUAUGCAGAUAGUAUAGGAGUUAGAGAUGCUAAUAGAUCACUACAUGAGAAAAAGUCAGACAUACUUGGCAAAGAGUUCCUGGGUUAUGACCAGGCUUCUGGCCUUUAUGAUGCUGUAUCUCAUGCUGGUGACAGAAGAAGGCAGCUGUCUGAUUUAGAGACCAGUGGAUCUACACCAGCUGAUCUCUCAAGGAAAGGGAGAGGAGAAAAACUGCUUGAAGAGGACUUGAGAGAACCACUUUGCCAUCUGCAUCAAGGUUUAUUUGAUGUCCAUGCUCAGAAAGGAAAACCAACUGAGUUGUCUUGCUGUCUCAGCAAUGAUGAGGUCAAGGGAACUUGGUUUAAAGAUGGAGUGAAGAUAACAGAUUUAGGAGCAGUCUCCAUUGAGAAAAAUGGCCCAGUCCAUAAACUGAUAAUUGACAAAGUAGAAGACACUCAUGCUGGAAAAUAUAAAUUUGAAGCUGAAGGCAUCUGCACAGAAGCAUCUAUUUUUGUUGAAGAUCCUCCAAAUGUUGACUCUACACUUCUGGAAAAACUAAAGAAGGAACCUAUUGUGGUAAAGGCAGGAAAAAAUGCCAUGGUUAAGAUUCCAUUUGAAGGUCAGAAGCCAAUCAGAGUAACGUGGUUAAAGGAUAACCAGGAACUUCUGGAUGAUGACCGGAUAAACAUAGAUUCUUCACAGAACUUUACUCGACUCUCCUUACCCAGCACCAUCCGGAAGGAUACUGGAGAUUAUAAAGUGAGAUUAAAGAAUGAGUGUGGAAGUUUUGAAGUUCCUUUCAAGCUGGAAGUGAUAGAUAAACCACAAUCGCCAACAGGCCCCAUAGCGGUUAUAGACAAUUCUGCAAAUGGCAUAACUAUUCAGUGGAAGCCCCCAAGAGAUGAUGGUGGUAAACCAAUCCAGAGUUAUAUUAUUGAAAGGCAACAGGUUGGUAGAAAGACCUGGGUGACACUGGGAAAAACAAGUGGAAGCUCUACUAUUUUCACCACCAACAAAGUAGAACAUGACACAAGCUAUUACUUCAGGGUGAAAGCAGUGAAUUCCUUGGGUACCAGUGAGGCCCUGGAAUCUGAUGAAGUCAUGGCUGCCGCAAAAGCUUCUCCAAGCCCUCCUGCUCCACCUAAAGUUAACAGUGCCAACAAAGAUGCCAUCACAAUUUCAUGGUCUGCACCCCAUAAAAUAGGGAAUUCACGAAUUUUGGGCUACAGAGUUGAGAAACGCAAGAAGGGCAGUAACUUCUGGACAUCUGUCACUGAUUUGCCCAUAACAGACAGGAAAUAUACAGUGAAUGGUUUGAAGGAGGGACUGCAGUAUGAAUUCCGUGUGGCUGCCAUCAAUAACUCAGGAGUGGGCGAGGCCAGUGCACCUUCAGAAGCUAUUUAUGCUCGAGAUCCUAUGAAGUCUCCAGGCCCAGUAAAAGAUCUAAAAGUGGUUAAUACUGACUACUGUAGUAUCUCCUUAUCAUGGAUGAAACCAGAAUCAUCAGAAGAAAGUUAUGUCAAAGGAUAUAUUGUUGAGAUUCGACACUCUGAUACUCUGAAAUGGACUCAGUGUAAUACUGUCCCAAUACAAACAACUGCAUAUACAUUUAGAGGAUUAAAAGCCAGGGAGCCAUAUUUUGUACGUGUGAGAGCAAUUAGUGAUGGUGGUUUGGGAGACCCAGUUGAAGUUGAUACUUGUGUGCAGGCGGUACCUUCUUCUGGUGGACAAGAGGCUGGAGAACGAAAUGAUUUGAUUCAAUGUAAUGAGGAUAAGGACAGAAAAGUCAGACCUUAUGAAGGCCCAGUUAACCCCAAGUUCUUAGUGAAGGAUACUGUUGAAAGUUUCAUGAAUGUGAAAGCAGGGGAUGCCAUCCAUGUGCGUAUUCCUUUUGAAGCAUCUCCAUCUUCUGAAGUGAUUUGGCUGAAAGAUGGACUUCCUCUGCCUGUAAAGGCCACAACUGCUUUCAGAGAACGACUGAGCCAACUCAUCAUACCAGAAGCUGAGCUUUCUGACAGUGGACAUUAUGCUAUCAGCCUUCAAACUGAGCAUGGGAGAAAGGAAACAUUCAGUUUUCGAGUUCAAGUUCAAGAUAUUCCAGAGUCUCCUGGCCCUAUACAACUCAUUGAGAAGGUCCCUGGGACGGUGACUCUGAUAUGGGAGCCCUCACCCACAGAAAAGAGAGACAGUAAUAUAACCUACAUGGUUAUGAGAUGUGACUCCAGAAAAGGACCAUGGCAAAUGGUGGCUGACCAUAUUUACACCAACAAAUGUACAGUUGUAAAUUUUGUCUCAGGUCGGGAAUAUUUCUUCAGAGUUCUGGCAAAAAAUUGUGUAGGGAUCAGCAAGCCUUCUGAAACAGUGAACCCUUGGACUAUUCAAAAAGAAUAUGAUAAACCUGAAAUGAAGCUUCCAAGAUAUAAGGGGAUCAACCGAAAUCAACCUCCAAGAUUCCUUGUCCAACUGAAACCACAUGUGGUGAAUUUAGGAUUUAAUUGUCACAUGAGUUGUGCUGUGACUGGAGAUCCAGCCCCUCAGGUCACUUGGUACAAGGGUAACAAGAAUCUCUCUCAGGAUCCUGCUUUUUUCUGCAAAAAUGAUUUUGGGGUUUGCUCCCUUGUGAUCCCUGGAGUCACACCAUCAGAUGCCGGCCAAUACAAGGUGCUGGCUGUCAAUGAACUAGGCCAAGCAAUCAGCAAAGCUGAACUAACGGUGAAAGAUGGAUAUUAAAAGUAUGAAAGCUUUUGAAAAUAUGCAUACAAUUGUUUCAAGCAGAAGGGAAAACAUCCAAAUAUAUCAGUGACUUCUGGAAAUGAUUGAAAAGUCAAUUACAGGUGGAAGAAAAAUCACCAUCCACAGUGAUAGGUCACAGCAACAAAACUAUUCAUUCAGCCAGACGUAAUAUAUUAUUUAGGUAAAUCUAGAGUGUCGAAAUUCACCCUCUUCCCUAGCUAAAAGAUGUACUGAUACU